AUGUCACAAAAGCGUAUCUUCAUGACCGGUGCCACCGGCUAUCUCGGGCAGGUUCUGACAGAAUUUGCCAUCGCCGAGGGCUACACCGUCCGCGGGCUGUCGCGCGCCGAAGCCAACGAUGCGAAACUCACCAUGCUGGGCGCAACCCCCGUGCGCGGCGACCUCGAGACCCUCGACGUCCUCGAGACCGAGUCCAACCAAGCCGACAUAGUGAUGCACCUCGCCGAUGCCCUCCUUAGCCUGGGCUUCGACACGCCCUACGACAAGGUCCUGGCCAUCGACGCCGCAGCCGUAGACGCCAUGAUCACGGGCUUAUUAGAGUCUUCAAAUCCAGAGACCAAGACCCUCAUCACAACAUCGGGCACCAUGAUGGCACGCCCGGACCCGGACGGCGGGGAGACGGCCGAGGACGCGCCGGUCAUGACCGAGUCGCCCAUCACGCGGUACAAGGCGUGGGACCACGCCAAGGCCGCGGCGGCGAAGGCGGGCGUGAGGGCCCUGUGCGUGCGCCUCGCGCCCUUCGUCUACGGGCGCGGCGGCAGCGGCGUCAGGAUGUUCAUGGAGGGAGCCGCCGCGGCGGGGGCCGCGACGUACGUGGAUGGCGGGUCCACGCGCACGACGACGGUGCACGUUGACGACGCGGCGAGGCUGUACCUGUUGGUCGCCCAGAAGGGCAGGGCUGGUGAGGCGUACAAUGCGUCUGCCGAGACUCAUGUUACCAUGAAGGAGCUCCAGGGGGCUGUUGGGCAGACUCUGGGCGUGCCUGCGUUGGACCUAUCCAAGGAGAUCGCGUUGACUAAGAUGCCGCCUUUCCUUGUCAAUUUCUUGGUCAUUGAGAACAGAGGCUCGAACAAGAAAGCCGUAUCGGAAUUAGGCUGGCGCCCUACGGAGCCGGGUAUCGUGGAGGAUAUUCUGAAAGGCUCGUAUGUUGAUGUUGCGAAGAAUCUAGAGAAAAGCGAAUGA